AUGUGGGCACUGGGCUUCCUGCUCUGCUUUCUCGCCUUGCAACCUCUGGCACAGGUGGACACCGAGGGUACCUGGUGCUACGACUCCCAAGACCCAAAGUGCGGCCCUACCCACUGGAAGGAGCUAGCACCUGCUUGUGGGGGCCCAGCUCAGUCUCCUAUCAACAUUGACCUUCACUUGGUUCAGCGGGACUACACUCUUGAGCCCUUCAUCUUUAAAGGCUAUGAUUCAGCACCUCUAGACCCAUGGACCCUGGAGAACGAUGGCCAUACAGUGAUACUGCGAGUAAGUUCCUGUCAGCAGAGCUGCCCGGUGAUCCGAGGGGCUGGGCUGCCAUCACCAGGGUACCGGCUGCUGCAGCUGCAUUUCCACUGGGGCAGCCCAGGGCGCAGAGGCUCAGAGCACAGCCUGGAUGAGAAGCACUGCUCUAUGGAGAUGCACAUGCUCCACAUGAACACGAAGUACCAAGACUUGAGGGAGGCACGAAGCCACCAGGAUGGGCUCGCUGUGCUGGCUGUGCUGUUGGUGGAGGAGGACAAGGACAAUACCAAUUUCUCUGCCAUUGUGUCUGCCCUAAAAAAUGUAUCUUCACCUGGGGUAACUGUGAACCUGACAUCCUUCCCCCUGGCCUCCCUGUUGCCAAGUGCCGUGGGGCUCUUGCGCUACUACCGAUACUCCGGGUCUCUGACCACGCCAGGCUGCCAGCCAGCCGUGCUCUGGACAGUCUUUGAAAACCCCGUACCCAUUGGGCACGCGCAGGUAGCCCAGUUCCAGACCAUGCCCCAGACUGGGCCACCAGGUUUGCACCCCAGACCGCUCAUGGAUAAUUUCCGCCCCCAGCAACCUCUUGGAGGGCGCAGGGUAUUGGCCUCUCCUGGAGCAUCCGUCCGGUCCUCAGUCCCUAUCCUGCCCUGUUUGCGCCUGGCUCUUUUGGGCUUGGGAGUCGGCCUCGGGCUCUGGCAGGGCCCCUAG